CACGGAACCUCUCUUCAGUCGGUUAUAUCGGGUUCUGCUUUGUGCUGUGUUUAUAUUUUUUUGCGCGCUACAAACACCGAAUCGCGCGAACUCUAGCCACUAUAAAACCGAACCAAACCAAACACCGGAUCGAUCUAGUAUUUUAAAGGUUAUUUGAUGCAGGGGUGAUACGGUAUAAGAUAUACACGUGUAAAUUUCGAGAUAUAUUUCUCCGAAUAAAAAAAAAACAGAAAAAAAUGGCGAAGUCAGCUAUUUACAAAUAUAUGAAGAUGCAGAAUAGGCCGUACAGCGUGAACGACAUUGUUAUGAAUUUGCAUAACGAAUACAAUAAGUCUGCGGUUCAAAAGGCAAUAGACCAAUUGGUGACAGACGGGCAGCUAUUUGCAAAAGUCUAUGGCAAGCAAAAAAUAUAUUGCAUUUAUCAAGAUGCGGAGUAUGACACUGAUGAGCUAAUGAGAAUUGACAAAGAGCUACAGUCUCAUGCCAAUGACGUAGAGAAUAAAUAUCAAGAGGUAAUGAAGGAAUUGAAGGAACAAGAUGCUCUUUUAGAUUCUCUAAAAUCGAGUUUAUCACUGGAAGAUGCGCAAAAAGAAAAAUUAACUUUGGAAGAAAGCGUGAAACAGUCAACACACAAACUGAAUGAUUUAAAGAAAACGACUGGUAGUCAGGAUUUACGCGAGUCCAAACGAAAGGUGGAAACAGAAUUGGAUGAAUAUAAAAGUCAAUACUUAAAAAGAAAAAGAAUGUGCAUUGAAAUAAUAGAUUGUAUUUUGGAAAAUUAUUCUGGCACCAAAGAAGAACUGUACGAUGAAGUAGGCAUUAAUCCAGUAACAAUAAAAUAAAUUAAAGUCAGUAGGCUUUUCUAUUUUUUUUUUUUUUUUUUUUUNUUAAGAUUUCUUACACAACACUAUUGGAAGUGUGGAGUAAGAGUUUUAAUGUUUUGUUUUGUUUUUUUUUAAUUUAAAAUAAAUGUUUAACUAGUGUUAAAUAAUAAUUUCCAUACUUUCAAAGCAGAAAUUU